AUGGCGUGAUCAUCAUCAUAACUGGUACUCGUCGGUUAGCCAAUGAACGAUCAGCUCGGAAUGCCCGCAUGCUUUCGGAAAUAGCCCAUAAUAAUGACGGCGCCAAGUUAGAUGUUUGGCCUCCCUCCGUACAGCACGCGGGAGCAAGGGUCAACCCCUGUCUGCGAAAUACUUUAAUCAACCAUUAAACUAUUUAAACCUUUACAAGCUAAUGCGGCAAAGGUAG